AUGGCCGAGUCAAAUCCUAUCUAUGGACCCUUCUUUGGAGUUAUGGGGGCGGCGUCUGCUAUCAUUUUCAGCGCCCUGGGAGCCGCCUAUGGUACGGCCAAGUCAGGUACCGGUAUCGCCGCCAUGUCGGUGAUGCGGCCCGAGCUCAUCAUGAAAUCCAUCAUUCCCGUUGUCAUGGCGGGUAUCAUUGCCAUCUACGGGCUCGUAGUGGCUGUACUUAUUGCUGGUUCCCUCGAACCCCCAGCAACUUACUCCCUCUUCAAAGGAUUCAUUCAUUUGGGAGCGGGUCUCGCUGUAGGCUUCUCCGGUCUUGCCGCUGGUUUCGCCAUAGGCAUUGUGGGUGAUGCCGGUGUCCGCGGUACAGCCCAACAGCCUAGGUUAUUCGUCGGAAUGAUCCUUAUCCUCAUUUUCGCCGAAGUGUUGGGUCUAUACGGUCUCAUCGUAGCCAUCUACCUUUACACGAAACAGAGUUAA